GUGACGUUUGUUUGUCAACAAUUUCAGAAAAAAUAUUUGUUGCUUUUUAUUUAUUUCGCAUUAGUGCAUUAAGAAAACUGUAAGUAGUAGAUAAUAAACGGUUCACUACAGCACAUAAGACACACAGAUAAAAAUGGAAGAAGACUUGCAGUUGCUGAAACAAGGGGCUGAAGCCAAAGUAUACAAAUGCACUUACCUUGGCUUACCUUGUAUUGUCAAGGAGAGAUUCCAGAAAAACUACAGACACCCGGAUUUAGAUGCGUGCAUCACCAAAGAAAGGAUAAGAAAUGAGGCUCGAGCUAUAGCGAGAUGCAAAAGUGUCGGUGUCAAGACGCCCUGCCUUUAUUUAGUGGAUUUUGACCGACGUCGCAUCUAUAUGGAGCACUUCACACAUAGCAUAUCAGUCAAAGAUGUUCUUAUAAGCUUGAAAAGUGAGUUAAAAGACGAAAUAGAUGUUCCCGCGGUCAGUAAAAACGUUGCAGUAAUGAUAGGAGCGGCAGUGAGGAGGUUACACGACUCCAAUAUGAUACAUGGGGACUUGACAACGUCAAACAUGCUUCUAGUUCCGCGAUACCUUAAAGAUAAAAAGGAAUUCAGAUGGCACGAUUAUUCAGAACUAGAGCUUUCAUUGAUAGACUUCGGUCUUUCAUACGUAGAGUCUAAAGCAGAGGAUAAAGGAGUGGACUUGUAUGUGCUUGAAAGGGCACUGAUAAGCACUCACAAUGAUUAUCCUGAUAUUUUUAAUGAGAUAAUGUUAGGCUACACUCGAAAGGGUGAAGCUGAGGUGGCAGAGACUCUGGCCAAAUUCAAGGAAGUCCAAGCCAGGGGAAGGAAGAGGACCAUGGUCGGUUGAUGUAAUUUUAUAAGUUAAAUA